AUGGCCUCUUUGGGAGUCUUGUCACCCAAUGUUGCUUGGCUUCUCUGUUUCCUCAUUUUCUGUUGCUCCCUGCCACUAGACAUCUGUGAUGAGAGCGAAGAUGAUCGACAAGCUCUUCUCUGCUUCAAGUCUCAGCUCUCAGGUCCACCUGGAUUUUUAGCCUCAUGGAGUAACGAAUCUAUGGAACUCUGCAACUGGCAUGGGGUCACAUGCAGCGCACAGCCGCCUCCUCUCCGUGUCAUUGCUGUGGACCUUGCAUCAGAAGGCAUCACAGGCUCCUUGUCACCUUGUAUUGGCAACCUCAGCUCUCUUGCAAAGUUGCAACUGUCAAACAACAGCUUCCAUGGUGGCAUAUCGUCAGAGCUCGGCCUCCUCAGCAGGCUCAGCAACCUGAACCUCAGCAUGAACUCUUUAGAAGGUACUAUCCCAUCUGAGCUCUCUUUGUGUACCCAACUUCAAUUCCUAGGAUUGUGGAACAAUUCCCUCCAUGGUGAGAUCCCACCUAGCCUUAGUCAGUGCAUGCAUCUUCAGGAGAUUAACCUCAGCAACAAUCAGCUCCAAGGGAGCAUUCCCUCUGCUUUUGGAACUCUUCCGGAGCUGCGAAUGCUAAAUCUUGCUAGCAAUAGGCUUAGUGGCAACAUACCGCCAGCUUUGGGCACCAGCCUUUCUCUCAGAUAUGUUGAUCUUGGGAGAAAUGGACUCGCUGGGGAGAUCCCAGAGCUCUUAGCGAGUAGUUCAACAAUACAAGUUCUUCGCCUCAUGAGCAACAAUCUUAGUGGAGAGCUCCCUAAGGUUCUCUUCAAUACCUCAUCACUUAUUGCCAUUUGCCUCCAAAAGAACAGCUUUUCUGGCUCUAUACCACCUAUCACUGCCAACUCUCCCCCUGUUGAACACCUCCAUUUAGGGGAGAACUAUCUUUCGGGAACAAUCCAUCCCUCACUAGGGAACCUUUCCUCCCUACUUACUCUACGCAUUCAAUAUAACAAUUUAGUUGGGAGCAUACCGGAGAGCCUAGGUUAUAUUUCAACACUAGAAAUACUGAACUUGAAUGUGAACAACUUGUCGGGUCCAUUUCCACAAUCUCUCUUCAACAUGUCCUCCCUAACAGAUCUUGCUGUGGCAAAUAACUCGCUUGUUGGAAGAUUGCCCUCCAACAUUGGCUACACGCUCCCAAACAUUCAGGGAUUAAUCCUCUCGGCAAACAAGUUUGCUGGCCCAAUCCCAUUUUCUCUCCUUGUUGCAUACCAACUACAGUGGCUUUACCUAGCAGACAAUAGGCUAACAGGGCUCAUGCCGUACUUUGGGUCAUUGCCAAAUCUGGAGGUACUAGAUGUGUCAUACAACAUGCUAGAAGCAGGUGACUGGGAAUUUGUCUCUUCACUCUCAAAUUGCUCCAAACUGACCCAACUGAUGCUUGAUGGCAACAACCUCCAAGGGAAUCUGCCAAGUUCCAUUGGAAACCUUUCCAGUAAUAUCCAGUUCCUGUGGCUAAGGAACAACAGAAUUUCUGGGCCUAUACCACAAGAGAUAGGUAAUCUGAGGAGCCUCAGUAUUCUAUUCAUGGAUUACAAUAUGUUCACUGGAAAUAUACCACCAACAAUUGGAAACUUGCACGACUUGGUCGUUCUAGCAUUUGCACAAAAUAGACUCUCAGGCCCAAUCCCUGAAAUUAUAGGUAAUCUUGUUCAGCUGACUGAUAUUAAAUUGGAUGGAAACAACUUGAGUGGAAGAAUACCUGCAAGUAUAGGAAGUUGCACUCAACUUCAAAUACUCAAUCUUGCACACAACUCGCUAAAUGGGACUAUACCAAGUAGAAUCUUCAAAAUUUCUUCGCUUUCUGAAGAAUUUGACUUGUCAAAUAAUUACUUGACUGGAGGAAUACCAGAGGAAGUUGGCAAUCUCAUUAAUCUGGAAAAACUUAGCAUCACAAACAACAUGUUGUCUGGCUACAUUCCAUCCGCUAUUGGCAUGUGUGUGGCUCUUGAGUAUCUAGAGAUGCGAGACAACUUCUUUGAAGGAAGCAUUCCACAGACUUUUGUGAAUUUGAGAAGCAUCGAGGAGAUUGACAUUUCUAAGAACAGAUUGUCUGGAAACAUCCCAGAUUUCUUCGAAAACUUGAGUUCUCUGCAUCAACUCAAUUUAUCCUUCAACAGUUUUAGUGGAGCAGUUCCAAGUGGUGGUAUUUUUGGCAAUGCUAGUGCAGUUUCAAUUGAAGGAAAUGAUGAACUGUGUACAAGAGUUCUGACAGGAGAUGUGUCUCUUUGUCCAGCAAUGGAUAACAGGACAAGGAAACACACGUCACUGGUACAAGUCAUAGAGAUAGUAAUACCAAUUGUUGCUGUUGUUAUAAUCACUUGCUUCUGUCUCGUGACAUUCUUUUGGAGGAAGAAAAUUCAAGUAAAGAAAUAUUUGCAGCACCACAAAGAGCACAAGGAAAACAUAACAUAUAAAGAUAUUGAAAAGGCAACAGAUAUGUUCUCUUCUGCUAACUUAAUUGGCUCUGGUUCAUUUGGAAUGGUUUAUAAGGGCAAGCUGAAGCUUGAGGAAGAUCAAGUGGCUAUCAAGAUUUUUAACCUCAGCACAUAUGGGGCACAUAGGAGCUUCCUUGCAGAGUGUGAAGCCCUCAGAAAUAUCCGCCACCGAAAUCUUGUUAAAAUAAUUACUCUAUGCUCCUCAGUGGAUCCAACUGGAGCAGACUUCAAGGCCAUAGUCUACCCAUACAUGCUGAAUGGGAACCUGGAUAUGUGGUUACAUCCGAGGGUCCAUGAACACAGUAAAACAAAGACUCUGACUUUCUUUCAAAGAAUCAAUGUAGCAUUGGAUGUAGCAUGUGCUUUGGAUUACCUUCAUAACCAAUGUGCAUAUCCACUAAUACACUGCGAUUUGAAGCCAAGUAAUAUUCUUUUGGACCUUGACAUGGCUGCAUAUGUCAGCGACUUUGGCUUAGCAAGGAUAUUAUAUGCUAGAUCAGAUGCAUUUCAAGAUAGUUCAACAAGUUUGGCUUGCAUGAAAGGAUCCAUUGGAUACAUCCCACCAGAGUAUGGCAUGGGUAGUGAGAUCUCUACUGAGGGAGACGUUUACAGCUUUGGAGUGCUUCUCUUGGAAAUGUUCAUGGGGAAGGAACCUAUUGAUGAGGCAUUCAGGAAUGGCACGAACCUUCAUAACUUUGUGAACUCAGCAUUUCCAGAUAGGAUUGAGGAGAUCUUGGAUCCUAACAUAAUGCACGAGAUAGCUGAAAAUAAAAAUCAAGCAGUCCUAAUCAUGAAUAGCUGCAUCAUUCCUCUGAUGAAGCUAGGCCUUUCAUGCUCCAUGGAAUUUCCAAAAGAUCGACUAGGAAUGGGGCAUGUGACAGAUGAAAUCUAUGCAAUCAAUAAUUCCAUUUCAAACAUAAAUGUUUUGGGGUGA